AUGAAAGUGAUCCGGCUAGGAGGCGCGAACGAUGGUUUGUGCCAUUUUUUGAGCUUCGGCGGCUUUGAAAUGCUUCUGGACUGCGGGGUCAAAAUGCAGUCGCUACAAAGAAGCUCCAAACAAGGCGGUGGCUCUGUCUACCACUUGCAACUACCAGCGCUGAGCUCCGUCGACGUUGGGGCUCUGGACGUGGUGCUGCUGUCGAACCAUCAAACUCUUCUGGCCUUGCCACUUUUAACCGAAAUUUUCGGUUUCAAAGGGGAAAUCUACGCCACACAGCUCACUCUCGAUUUCGGCCGAGUAUUUCUAAAGGAGCUAGCAGCUCUGAGUCAAGGAGAAGACUCAGCUAUCUUCACUUUUGAAGGGGUGGCCGACGAUAUUCCCAUGUUCUCAGUCGAGGAGAUCGAGAAAUGUUGCCGGAAAAUUCGAUGUGUGGAGUACAGUGAGGUGGUCUCGUUAGCCUAUGGUGUGCAGAUUACAGCUCUGAGCUCGGGAUUUAGUCUAGGGGCCAGUAUUUGGCUCGUGGAAGGACCAAACGACAAAUUGGCGUACGUGGCUGCAGCAUCGGGAGAUUUCAAUCGUCACCCAAAGGAACUGGACUUGCUGCCUCUUGUGGACUGUGAGACGCUCUUGCUGACGGAUUUAAAGCCUGAUCGCGACCCUCACGCCAACACGGAACGCAUGGUGGAGCGCGUACUUAGUGGAGUGACGAGGGUGCUUGAACGCGGUGGCGUUUGCAUCAUGCCCACGUCUCCGUGUGGCGUCGUGUUCGAUCUCGUGGAGGCUGUGUAUGCAGCGUGUGUUCACAACAAACAGAACGUCCCCAUGUACUUUAUCUCGGACCAUGCUGCGCGUGUGAUGGAGCUGACGCAGCUCGGAGCAGAGUGGCUGUGCGAAAAGAAGAUCGACAAGUUAUAUGCUGGCGAAGAUGCCUUCCUACACGAGUCUCUACUGAAAAACAACGUGUUCCAUGCUGUCACUGACGUUUCAGCUGCCACAGCUGUUACUUUCCAGAAUGGCAGCAUUCUCUUCGUCAGCCACCCUUCUCUCAAGUUUGGACGCGCUCCAGAGUUAAUCCAGAUGCUUGGCAACGAGAGUCGCAACGCCGUUCUUCUAAUAGAUCCUUCUGUCGACGAUACUGAAGCCUUUGCCCCUUUCCAGGACCUCCCGAUUGAGAAGAUUUCGUGUCCUAUUGACCCGCGCUUAAGCUGUGGCGACGCCAACCAGUUCAUCGCACGGUGCUGCCCCCACAACCUCAUCGUCCCGUAUGAAUACACCGUCGCGCCGCCUGCAAGUACUUUGGUGGACGGAGCUGAGAUGUCGUCGCACUUCUCGCGCGUUCUUCCUCUCCACGAGCUUACAGCUGCAAAAUCCAAGACGGAGUUGCUGACGUUCCCCAUGAAGCAGUUUGAACCAAUCGCUGUCGAGAAAACAUCCAAGUAUCUCGAUGGAAGACUCGACCCCAAGCUGGCUGCUCAGGCCACGAUCACAGACGUAAACGGGAAAGCUGCUGCGUAUGUAAGUGGCGUGCUGAGCGUCAAGCGGAAGGCAUUUGUGCUGGAGCCUCCCAGCAUUGUGUACAAGGAAAAGAGCAACCUGCUCAUGGGCCAAGUGGACGAAGAGAAGCUGGAGAAGCAAGUCAAAACGCACGAUCCUCAAGCUCAGGUCUACAUUUCACAGGGUCAGGGAGAUGCUGAUGUGUUUAUGAGCAUUCCUUCGCUGGACGCCCGCAUCACAUUGUGGAAAGAGACGGGGAAGACUCUCGUUGAGACCGAGAAGGAGGAAGCUCGUGCCUUAUUGACGUCUUUCAUACUGGCUCAACUCGUAGUAAUCACCCAAGGUUAA